AUGCCAGCAGAUCUUCCCUCUGCGCCGGACUGGCGUCCGUCUGCCAAAUGCACGUCCCUCCGACCUGAUGAUUUGAUCGCUGGACGGCGACAUGAAAGAAUGUUCAUCACUAGUUCCGGUGGAUCACGACGGGCCGUUCAGGAUAACCCUGCGACCAGCAAAAGACCGCUGGAUCUGCAUCCGGACAAUCACGGCAAUCCUACAAUCAUUCUCACCACAAAUGAGCCUAGUACCUAA